AUCAAUUUAUAUUGGUUCCAAUCUGCCUGUAUUAUUGUGCAGGUUGUGUCAGACAGACCUGAUUACCACAGUGAAGAUCUCAUUUUCCCAGUAGGAUUCUGCUCCACCCGGGUAUAUGGUAGCCUUAAAGACCCAGAAAAAAAAUGUGUAUACACUUGUAAAAUUCUGGAUGGAGGAACUGCACCUAGCUUCGAGAUUGCAGCAGACAGUGACUUGGAUACACCCAUUGUGGGUAAUUCAGCCAAUGAGUGUCACUCUAAGCUUCUACAGCGCAUCAAUCAUGCUUUCAGUGUAGAUGUUGUUAACACAAAAGGACGCGGACCAGAAUUCUUUGGAUUCUCUCAUCCCACCAUUCAGAAUCUGAUUCAGAGUUCACCUGGAACCAGGAAAUGUUCCUCCUAUAAAUGGAGUAAAUUUGAGGUCAACCGAUCAGGAGAAUCUCUAAUGGAAGAGAAUGAUGCUUCAUUAAGUUUUGAUGCUCUACAGCGUAGUAUUGCUGUCAGUAAAUCGCAUAUGGUGGCAGUGAUAAAAGAGGAACCUUCAGAUCAACUGCUGAGUAAUUCCAGUGCCACUCUUCGAGAUCUGCUUAUGUCUUAAUUGACGUAAAAGUUCA